AUAAAUACUUCAGGCCCAGGUGGAGGGACGGCGAAGGGGAGCAGCGCGGGAGCCUAUGCAUGGCCGGGCGGCCGCCCCGAGGGUGACUCCGGGGCCCGCAGUGCCCCUGCGUGCUGACAUGGCUGCGGGUGUCAUCCGUGCCCUGCCCGAGCUGCGGAUGCCCUCAUCCUUCCCACACAGCCUCCUGCUGCCCGCACGCCCCGAGCCCGACUUCCCCGAUCUCCCUGAGGAGGAGGAAGAGGAGGAGGAGGAAGAAGAGGAGGAGGAGACAUUGGAGGAGAGCGCGGGCGCGGAGCUGGCUGUGCCCAGCACCCCCGAGACCACCCUGCAGCUCCUCAAGUUUUCGGAGCUCAUCAGCUGUGACAUCCAGCGCUACUUCGGGCGGCGGGGCCGGGAGGAGCCCAGCACCAGCCGCACCGUGCCCGAGGACUGCGGCUCUCCUCAGCGUGCCCAGGCCCAGCCCGAGGUUCCGGUACCGCCGGGCAGCCCCGGGGCUCGGUUGGGACCGCUGGCCGAGCUCUUCGAGUACGGCGUGCACCGGUGUCUGCCACCCCGGGCGGCCGGCGGCAAAACGCAGCGGCUGGAGAGGAAAUACGGGCACAUCACCCCCAUGCACUGCAGGAAGCUGCCGCCCUCCUUCUGGAGGGAGCCGGGGCCCGGCCCCAGCGGCCUCCUCCACGCCGGCACCCCCGACUUCAGCGACCUCCUGGCACACUGGACGGUGGAGCCGGGGCUGGAGCUGCCGGGCACCGGGCGGGAGCCGCCGCCCCAGCCGGGUCGCUCGGGGCUGGAGGCUGAGCCCUUCCCUGGGCUGUGACCCCACGGUGGCCCCGGGGGCCCCCAGCCUCGCCACGUGCCGCCCGGUUAAUGAUAAACCCCAGCGGCACCGGUGCCAGCGCCACGGCACCUGGAGCCGCCGGGUCGGUGCCGGUGCUGAUGGGACGAGUGAAUAAAUGACUCCCCGCC